AGCAGCCUGAGCACGGCUGGCAGGCGGAAAGUAGCUGCAGUGUCCGGGCAGAAUAUCUGUCCAAAAACGUCCCCCAAAGUGUCCCGGAAAGUUAGGCGGAACUCAAAGGACACCUGCGCACCAAUGUGACACCUAAGAGCUAUGACAGCCGCUCAGAAGCAUCAUAUAGAAGAAAGCAUGCAGUCAACGACAGGGAGGGUCCUGGGCUGAGGGGCCGGCCAUUGCUGCUGGGUGAGAACUGAUGGGCUGUCUAACCUGGCAACAGCAUGCGAACUGCAAAAGGUAAAGGUGGCUCGGCGUGCCACCGUUACCGGCCAGCCUCGGAGUACGAUGAUGCCACGCUCGCCCUGAAGAGAGAGUACUGGAGAAACAAGAAGCGAGAGCAGAGGGCGCGUCUGUCAGAGCGGAGAGGAAGGCCGAAGCACAACAGCAGCCGGGGAGAAAAGCAGCUCAGUGCCCCCGCAGGGGACAUUUCCUCUUUGUCCCGGUCCUCGGGUGCUUUGUCUUCUCCUUUGCAGACUAAUGAUGAUUCGUGCAAUUCUGUGUCAAAGCACGGAGACGCGUUAGGGGACGCUUCAGUUGAAACCACCGAAAGCCAAAAGGAGAAGUGGCUCCAGACAAUAAAACUUAACAAGCUUCUGCCUCAGUUGCGAACAUCAUGCUCCUUCUCAGCCAAAUCAGCUGGCGGCAACACAGCCACAGGUAAAUGUCAGACAGAGAGGGAUGCUCUGCACAGAACCGUGUCCUCUCCAACAUCCAGUGGACCCCAGCUGAACACCACAUCCUCAGUGCCUCCGAUCAGAGUGACCAGAAUAACCAAUGGCAGCUCCACUAAAACAGCACCUCAGCCAUGUGUGUCUAUGCAGGGUGCAUCAGUCCCCAAAAGCCAACGUAAGGCACAAGUUGUAUUACCCAUUCAGCCCAAAGUCUUACCCACAGGUCUCAUUCUCGCGUCCUCUCCACGUGGCCCCAUUUCUAUUAAAGCAGAGAGCAAAACAGCCAUGACGACACCUCAGAGUGGAACACAGAGUGCCUUGGUCACCACACAGAGGGCUAAAGGUGUCGGGAAUGCACAACCUUCACUGGAGUCAGAUGAGGAAAGAGCGGCCAAGCGUCGGGAGCAGUGGCGGAUUAAAAAGCGAGAGCAGCGAGCAAAGCUGGCAGCUCGGUUAGCUAAAGCCAGAGAGAGGACGCAGGGUGCAGAGAUGACCUUUCAGAGGCUGGCGCCACCGAAAACGGGACUCGUGGGAAGCGUGGCUCCCCCAUCGCAGCCAGUUUUGAGGGGCCAGAAGCAGUGUCGUAACCGGGUCAAAACAUCACUGGGGUCGUCCAAAAGUGAAAAUAAUAAACUGCAAAGUGGGGCAACAACUGUGGCUGUAACUACCCCGCAAACAUCUGGAACUGCAUCUGUUAAAAAGCCAGCAGACUCUCAGAGAAAGCUUCCAGGUCAUUCUCAUCUUUUCAGUGUUACCCGGGGCAUCGCAAGAUGUAGAACAUCUAGACAGAGGUUCAUCGAAGUGCAGAAAGGUUUCAUGAACCAGAGGGGCCUAAGAUGUAAAUCCCAGAUGCUGGGCUCAGCUUUUGGUACCAGAUCUAUGCCCAAAAUCAACCCCGAUAACACGCCCGAGCAGAUAGUAGCCAAACGCAGAGAGUACUGGCGGAUUAAAAAGCGCGAGCAGCGAGCUAAGCUGUCCAUGGAGGUGAAGGUUCGGCUGAAAGAGAGAGACUCUCUGAUGAGGAGGGUGAAGCGUUAUCAGAAAAUCCUUGAAGAGAUGAGGAAGACUAGAGUGCUGACGCACUCGACUGGAAGUGCCCUCGCCCACGCCUCAGAGACCAUCGGAGGCUUCAUCAAAGAGGACGGCACAGUGACUGCUAACAUCCCUCAGACUUCUGCAGAUCACAGCACAGCUGAGGACAAACGUGAAGAAGCUUCUACGAACCCUCCUUUGACUGAACAGCAGCAUCGGCCUGAUGCUAAACUCAGAGGUAUCGCUUCCAUCAGGAUGAACCGCGCUCCCCCUCAGCUUUGUUUAGCUCAGGUGAAAGUCUCUAUUCCUCUUCCUGGGCAGCCAGUCAACAAACCGCCACGACUGCUGACAGUUAGACCACAGGCUCAGCUCGAAAGCACAACUGUGCCUCAUUUGCACUCAUUAGCAGUCCAAACUGUGGGCCAGCUCACACUUACUCAUCCUCAGAGCCCUCAGAAUACAGCCUCUGAAGGAUCAGCAGGUUCGAACCUUAGCGGUUGUGUCAUGAAAAUGACCGUCUCCAGCAGCGCGCCGUCGCUGUCAGCACUGUCUCUGGACACGGGGCUGACAGAGGAGGAGAGGAUGGCAAAGAAGAGGGAGUACUGGAGGAUAAAGAAGCGUGAGCAGAGAGCAGCUCGCGCUGUCCGAUUGAGACAGGGUGUUUUACAUGCCAGGGCCAAUGCAGCCUUACAAAGGAGGAAGGCUCAGAAGGUGUCAGUAACCACUCUGCCGCAGAGCAGAAGUCUCACUGACUACACAGGAAAUGCACCACCUCUUCCCAACAGCAGCGUGCCUUUUCUGCAACAUGCAAAUGAGAUCAAACAGGAGAGUGAGUCCAUGCCACCGGCUGACCUAAAUCCUCGACCGGAGCAAGCCAUCUGUCCAGAUAUCAAACCCCCUACUUCCCCACCUCCAGCGCCUCAGCCGGAGUCUGAUCCCCCUCUGAGCGCAGACAGCCAAGCUGCCACUCUCCUAGCUGUGGCCUCUAUGAAGAAGCUCCUGGAGGAAUCUCUCAGCACAGUGACUGAAUGUAAAAGUGAGCAGGAUUUUAUUAAAAUAGAGACAACAGAAGAGGCUUCACAGCAAGAUAUGAAGCCAAACUUACCUCAGCUAGCUUUUGAAAGGGAUGACAUGGCUCCUAUUGCUGCUGACCUCACUCUGCAGAUACAAAGCUGGCAGCCGGAUAGCAAGGUCUCCUUAAAGGCAAGUUUACAAAACCAUCAACUCAAGAGCUCACCACAGGUGGAUGAGCCACUUCCACCUCUUCCUGCCUGCAGUGAGGCAGGUGUGCAUCCUACCUGUGAACACUCAUCCCAGACCCCUUUGAACUACAUAGUAAACACCUCCAUGGAAGCACCACGCAGAACCCAGAGGCUUUGCGCUAAAAAAGCAGGAUAUAAAACCUGCUGCUCUCCAGAGCCCCCGAAGCUGCAUCACAUCACAGCCGCGGCCCCGGAUAACCUACAACAGCAGCAGCAGCAGCAGCAGUGUGAACAUCAGCAUCAGGCACAAGAACACAACAACUGCUUCGAGUCAACGCAAAGGUGCAGCAGUGUGGCGACGGUGCAGAGCGGCCUGACCAGCUUGCAGAGGAAGAGGGAGUACUGGAAGCUGAUGAAGAGGCAACAGAGGGCCAAGCUAAAGGCCAGGCAGAAAGAGGGAGAGGGGGAGUGCAGCAGCCGCCUCUCGCCCAGAAGCAUCCAGGCCCCAGGGCUCGUCAUCCCCAACAGUCUUAAAGGGGCGAGUCCUCCAGCAAAGCGAGCCCUCCAGCCCAAAUUGUCGGUCACGUCUUUGGACUCGACGAGCAGCAUCCCUACGGUCCUGGUUGUCAGCCAAACAACAUGUAACGCUCACCAGUCAGCGUGCACGCUCCAGGUCAGACCGCCCAUCACCAGCAGAGAGCAGAGCAGCAUCAAACUUGGGCCUCCACAUGUUGUAUCCAGCUGUGCAGGAGCUUGUGAGUCUCCACAGCUGUCACAGUCCUGUAGAAGCACAGACUCGGCCCCCAUCCUCUCCAUUGUGAAGCCACCGAACAACCCGCUGUCCAGCAUCGACAUGCAGACCGUCGAACCCCUUGGUCAGAGUCCAAUAAAAAUCCCCUCUGCUCCUACGCACAAGAUACAAUCCCCCAGCCAGCUGGCGCCAGUUAGCACCAUGGCUCCGCCGAAGCCUAUCCCAGGGGAGGCUGAGCAGGACUUUCUGAGGAGGAAGCGGGAGUACUGGAGGAUAAAAAAGAAGGAGCAGAGAGCCAGGAAGGCAGUUCAGGACAAAGGAAUCACGCCGGUGAGAGCUUCCAACAACUGGAAGGCUAUCCUGCCUCCCCUGGAUCUGCAGACAGACGAAUCUGGUCACUGGGUGAACUCCUCCGAAGAGUCGGAGCGUCUAAUGAGCGCUUCAGCGGACACAGACUCAGGAUCCUUUACAUACUCAGAUUACACAGCACCAAUAGAAGAUGAGUCAGAACUUCUGUUUGCCGAAUGUGACGACGAUCCCGUCUCUGAUGCUGUGUGGAGGAGCCGCUACCUCAUGGACUAUGACCCUCUCAACCAGCUGCUGGUGUGCAUGGUGUGUGGGGAGCUGCAGUACUCCCACAGCCUGGAGGGAGUGAAGGCCCACAUCGACGAGGCCCACCCGCACACCCUGACCCUGGAACCCGGGGAGAAGGAGCGAAUACGGGAGGCCUGGGACGAGCAGGUGUCCCGGCGGGAGCGCUUCUUCACCAGCCAGCUGCAGCAGCACAGCAGACCCGUGGCAGAACCGCACAAGAACUGAAAAACAGAAGAGAGGACUGCAGGAGGUGACUGAAGCCCGCGGAGCAGGAGACACAAACCCUCCCUUCCUUUUUUUUGUCUUAUUUAUUUUUAUUUAUCAGUGUGUUUACCUCUGCAGGAGGACACCUUGGAAAAGAACCCCCCAGAGCAGCUUUACCUCAUUUCCUGCCAGGGUGACGUGUGUUUGACGUCAUCUACGUCCUCGCCCUGUCCUGUUUCUUGUUUUUUCUCUCUUCUCUUUCCUCUCACCCCCCCACUCAGUUGCUGCACCCUCCCAGAAGUCUCUUCCUGUUCAGAGGGAGCUCUUCCUCCCUACUCUCGCUGCUCACGGGGGAGCAUCUGAUCAUUGGAAUCCUCUCUCUAAUAUUUUAGGGUCGGGGUGAACAGCUACUAUAAACAGCACUGAAUUCCUGUAAUAUUUAAAGGAGAAGCACUCUGGGAAAUGCAUGCUGCAAGGCUAAGCUAACAGCAUUCCGGAUGUAUCUGCUUAUCAGUCCACGAGCCCGAUCUUUGGUUCCUUAAUUUAUUGAUCCAUUCACACAGACGCACACAAAUACUUUCUUUGACCACAUGACCUAACCUGAGGGUUUUCUAGCUGGAGCAUAAUCGGAACCACUUUGCACACAUGCUGCUGGUCUGCACUGUUGGAUUUUCCUCCAGGUCAAAGCACUUUGGCAUUCUGUGAGGUCACGAGCAUACAGUGGAUUACAGGGAGUGCCUGGAAGCUCUGCGUAACUGAAUCACAGUGCUGCACUAUGCUGGACUAUUGCUAUAUGAUCUCAUAUGGGGGCAGAAGUCUUGGUGCACAAGUAGCUCAAAAAGAGAAAGUUAUAAAUUUACCACCAGCCUGGCUGUUAAUUCCACAGUGGGAAGGACAAAUGUUCUAGCCCCAAAUCUGAGGAAUAAUCUUGACCGUAUGAAGUUCCUGCUGCUCAGAGCACAAACUGACACAGAAGUGCACAAAAUCCCUGAAUGUACUGAACUGAGCAACAUUGUGUUUGAUUGCUGAAAAUGUUUUUAUUAGAGGACGGAGUCGUUUUCUUCUUCUAAUGUUAGCCUGGCUUUUAAGGCUUAAAAGGCAGUUAGCAGGUCACACACCCCCCCGUGCAGUUUAAGGUAGAGAGAAACACUUCUCACUGAUGAGCAGCUGUGGGCUGUAAAGCUCUCACUGCAAAAAUGUGUGAUAUUUACAGUUAAUUCAGCCCCGUGAUCAGCCAGCUAUAGAAAAACAGGUGUACAGGUGAAGGUUUUCCUACUUCCAGACUGCCGACAGACACCCAAUCCCUGCACAGGGCGUCUGGACCUGAGCUGCAGCUUUUUCUACGUGCUACCGGAGCGCACUCUUCUUCUAACCCUGAACCUUUACGACCUCUACGACCUUUUGUAUCGAGACUUUUUUUUAGGGAAAAUUUCUCAAACCUCUGCAGACGUCUCUUGCAGUUCAUAUCAGCUUUGUGUGACGUGAACUCUGCACUGUAAAUAGAUCAGAUAUAAAGGUGGUUAUGACAUGCCAAAUGUUACUUUUUCUGUGCCGUUCCAUAAUAUUUGGAACACCUUUAUUUAUUUAUUGAAUCGUUUCUUCUGUAAGUGAUCGUCGAUGAUGCGUCAUUCAUAUCCGUAGAUGUUAGAGAAGACUCUCAUUUGUGAAUGUUAUCAAUCCACGGCAUUCCUGCUUAAGUUGUAAAUGGUGGAAGCGGAUGAAGUGCUCUGGAGUGCGUUUCUAUGAUUUUUGUAUAAUUUUCACGAAGAGUACAACACUGAAAUAUUCUUGUAUUUGAGCACAAAGCUGUGGGGGGUGAACACUGCCCUGCGGAGCCACAGCGCGGUGAAACGAGCUCGUGGUGACCGAGCGGAUUCACCCCUGAAAGAACAUCUGAUUGUUUACCAAUUUAAAAGGAAUGUUUGAAUGCUUUUCAGUAAUAAACCUUUUCUACU